UCAGGGGUCUUAGAUCUCUUGUCUCUGCUAACACUACAUCCACUGCUCUCAGGGGUCUUAGAUCUCUUGUCUCUGCUAACACUACAUCCACUGCUGGGAUCCCCUGGAUCCAGGCCUGUGGGUUCUAAUAUGAGAGGGCUGUUGAUUAAAUGAGGCCAGUAGAAAACACAUUUCUCGGCAUAUAGUGGUGUAGUUAACCAUUGACUGACUGAGUCUCUCCUCCCUAUAGAUAACACACACCUGGCUCAUUCCCAGGUUUCAUACGGUACAGCUGGACACACCACCCAGGCUGGCUCCUUGGUGAUGAAUAAUAGACUUGACUCUGAUCACAUGGACUGGCUACUGAAUAAUUUACCCCCUUCUCUCCCUUCGACCUCCUCUUUCACCUCCUCCCAGUCCGGCCUUGGCUGCUCUCUCUUUCUCUGCAGUAGACAUGGAACCGAGGUAAAGAUUCUGUAUCUGCCCAUUCUCCUGGGGAAAGCACCAAACGGAGACCUCAGAGCAAACUCCAACUCCAGAACAGUGUGGACUGAAGCUGGCAUGGAUACUCUCUGACACAGAGACAGACCGAGACAGAGAGACAGAGAGACAGAGACAGCGAGACAGAGAGAGAGACAAAUGAGAGGGAAAUAAUGAUAAAGGAAUAGAUUGAAGGAAACACACACACACACACCCAUCCCCUGUUCCCACCGCUAUGGCAGAAUGGCUGAGGCGUGUGUCCUGGGGAGAUGCAUGGUACAGCCUGUACUCCCGCCUGCUCAGGACCAAACCUGUGGGUAGGAUGGGUCUGGGGUCAGAGGUCAGCGACGAUAUCACAGAGGUAGGGGGGCUGGCUAGGGUCCUGACGACAGCUGACCUGGUGUCGCUAGGGGUGGGGAGCUGCGUUGGCACAGGGAUGUACGUGGUUGCCGGGCUGGUUGCUAAGGAGAUGGCGGGGCCGGGAGUGAUCCUGUCCUUCAUCAUCGCUGCUGUGGCUUCUAUACUGUCAGGUGUAUGUUAUGCAGAGUUUGGCGUGCGUGUCCCUAAGACAACUGGGUCAGCCUACACCUACAGCUAUGUCACAGUGGGGGAGUGUACGGCCUUUUUCAUUGGCUGGAAUCUGAUCCUGGAGUACCUGAUUGGUACUGCAGCCGGGGCAUCGGCUCUCAGCAGCAUGUUUGACUCGCUGGCCAAUCACAGCAUCUCAAGCUACAUGAUAACACACCUGGGGACACUCAGAGGCCUGGGUAAAGGGGAGGAGUCGUACCCUGACGUCCUGGCCAUGGCCAUAUCGCUGGUUGUCACGGUAAUUGUGUCAUUAGGGGUUCGUAACUCGGUAGGGUUGAAUAACGUUCUGAACAUGGUCAACCUGGUGGUGUGGUGCUUCCUGAUCAUCUCUGGACUCUUCUUUCUCUCCGCUGACAACUGGGAGGCGGGAAACUUCCUGCCCUACGGAUGGUCCGGGGUGAUGAAGGGAGCGGCCACUUGUUUCUAUGCCUUCAUAGGGUUUGACAUCAUCGCUACAACAGGAGAGGAAGCCAAGAGUCCCAACACCUCUAUACCCUAUGCUAUUACUGCUAGUCUGAUAACCUGCCUGACUGCAUACGUCUCUGUGUCUGUGGUCCUGACUCUGAUGGUUCCUUAUGACCUGAUCGAUGGUUCAGCUCCACUGAUGGAGAUGUUUGCAGUGCAUGGGUUCCUGCCGGGGAAAUACAUAGUGGCUGUAGGGUCUAUAGCUGGCCUCACUGUCAGUCUAAUGGGCUCCCUGUUCCCCAUGCCCAGGGUCAUAUACGCUAUGGCUAGAGACGGACUGCUCUUCAGGUUCCUGGCCAACGUCUCUCCAUACACUCACACUCCAGCAGUAGCGUGUCUGGUGUCUGGCUGUCUGGCUGCUCUCAUGUCUCUCCUCGUCUCCCUGCAAGAUCUCAUAGAGAUGAUGUCUAUAGGAACGCUACUGGCUUACACCCUGGUCAGUGUGUGUGUCCUGCUGCUGCGCUACCAGCCCGACACAGACACACACAACUUCCUGCCUGGGGAGGAAGAGGAGGGGCCUAGGCAAAAAGAGGGCGUGAUGGCGGAAUGCGAUGACGGAACUCUGCCCACCAAUGACGACCAGAUGUUGAUUGGAGGAGCAGACUCAUCGACCUUUGACCCUGACAGCUCCGGCUACCAAUCGAGCGGUGUUGCAGGUGAACCUGGUGACUCUGGCAGCUUCCACACCGGCCCCUCCUCGCUGUUGAAGAGGGUUCUAGGUAGUCGUUACUCCACCCUGCGUGUCCGCCUGGGGAUCCCUGACGCCUCGGCCCGUCCCACCCCGUCCUCCGGUCGCAUGGUGACACGCUGCACCCUCCUCCUCUUCUUCCUCUCCUUUCUCCUCUGGGCCACUGUCAUCUUCGGCGUGGAGCGAGGGACCGGAGCGGGCUCGGCCGUUUCAGGUAUCGUAGCGACACUAUUGGCAGGCAAAAUAGCAACCAUACUGGUGGUGAUCGUGCGCCAGCCUGAGAGCGGGCGGAUCCUGCCCUACAUGGCGCCGUGCGUGCCGUUUGUCCCCGCAGUGGCCAUCUUGGUAAACUCCUACCUGAUGUUGAAACUGUAGCAUCUCACCUGGGCACGCUUCGCUGUCUGGUGCACUCUGGGUAUACUGAUCUACGGUUGCUAUGGGAUAUGGAACAGCUCUUUGGAGAUCAGCACCAGAGAGGAACAGGCUCACGCCAGCACCUACCAGCGCUAUGAUGACCACCUUGACGACACCUUCUCCCCUGACAAUGACCUUGACCCCCAGGACAACCAGGAAGAGGGGCGCUACCAGGGCUGGUCAGCGGAGAAGGGCUACCACUACCAACAGCAAAACCAGGAUCAGAACCAGGAUCAGGAGGGUGACCAGUACCAAAACCAGUAUCAAGAUGGCAAUCAAGAUGGCAACCAGUACCAGGAUGGCAACCAGUACCAGGAUGGCUCCCAGUACCAGAACCAGUCAGGUUAUCAGUCCGGCCCUCAGGGCUCCUCUAUGGGAUCCAGGGGAAGAACCAAUCAGGGCUACACAGAUCCCCAGGAACCCGAGGGCUCCUCUUGUGAUUGACAGCUGCAGUGGAACACACCUACUUCCUGUUUCACUGGGCACUAGAGGAGAGGAAGGGCAGAGGGCUCCUGAAUCCCUCAUCAAGCCCCACACCAUAGGCACUUGAGUAGACCUGAGAGGACAGGAGAAGUGAGCUAUAUGGCAACCAUUCCACCUGGUCUAACACUGCAUUAUAAACAUACAUACAACAUGCUGUGUUUAAAAUCAAUCUAUCUAUCCGAGAGUGAAUCAAUUAUACAGGAGCAAACAUGCUCUUAUACUACCUAUUAGUCUGACUCCUCUGGUGUGACAUUGUACAUGGAUGAGUUGGUUGGAAAAUAUUUAAGAUUAUUUUGUUUUAAGAGUGUCAUCAUUCAAAAAAAGAAAGUAUUUAUUGUUGAAUCAGAGUGUGUAAAUGUGUGCAGAAAGAGUGAUCUGUGUUUUGCUGUUGUCUGAUAAACUGUCAAUAAAACAAAUACAUCUGA